AUCUGCAGCCUUCCAAAACUACUGCCCAACUGCCUGUGAUGGAUCACCUGCUGUACGGCGACCCCUCCGGUAGCAGCUUCUCUCCGCUGGAGGCUCAGAUCUUCUCCGGCGAGCUGCCGCCGUCACCGACAUGGCCGAAUCUCGACCUCGACCUCGACCUGGACCUCGACGUUCUCGAGGACGACAUCGUCCGCGAGCUCUCCGAGAGGCCGGCAAAAGCGGCAUCGUCAGGCUCCGGCUCCGGCGGCCCUGGCUCCCACAAGAAGCUCAGUCACAACGCAUACGAGCGCGACCGCCGGAAGCAGCUCAACGAGCUCUACCUUUCACUCCGUUCUCUCCUGCCGGACGCCGACCACACUAAGAAGCUGAGCAUUCCGACGACGGUGUGUCGAGCGCUCAAGUACAUCCCCGAGCUGCAGAAACAGGUCGAGAAUCUGGAGAAGAAGAAAGAGAAACUGGCUAGUGCCAACUGCAAACCAGGGGUACUGAGCGUGAGCGGUAGCAUAGCUCCAACUGUGUCCGCUACUUGCCUCAACGACAAGGAAAUCAUGGUUCAGAUCAGCAUGUCAAGAGAUAAGGAUGCUGCUACAACUCUACCUCUUUCCAAGUGUAUCAAUGUGCUGGAAAACGAAGGACUUCAGCUCAUUAGUUCAUCGACCUCCUCCACCUUUGGGAACAAAAUGUUCUAUAACCUCCAUCUUCAGUUGAGAGAUAACAUAUAUGGGAAGUCUUAA